AUGAUUGUAGAUGGACAAGUGGAGCGAUCUGAAGUGUUCCGUGGUCAUGUCCGACUUAGGGUUAUAGGUCCAAAUUUCCAGGAUUUCAUGUCUCAGCAAUCCGAUGGUCUGCAAAUCCCCGUGGGUGGGCACUUAACAAAAUCUGCUAUACUCGGCAACCCCUCCGCCGCGACGCGUGCCGCCCAGUUCUCCGCCGACGUGACUCGCGUCGCCCACCGCCCCAGGGAGAGAAGGCCUCGACUUACCACUACAACUACUACUUCUGUUCUAGGUUACCCCAUGAUCAAGUUAACAUACGCGUCCACCUACACACAUCCACCAUCCAUGGCAACUACCACCACCACCGCAGCAACAUCUCCUCCCAGCAGCAAUAUCCUCGCUCCAAUUCCUCUAAAUCUCGUCCCGAACCAUACCACAAGUACCUCAUUAUCAACUGCAUCCCUCGACAACCAUCCGUUCAAGAAGCGCAAGGUCUCGCAUUCCGAGAAUGUCAAUGUCCAUAAUGACGUCUUUGCGGUUUCUGAGACGCCGCAGAUGAUAAGUGUUCGCUCUUAUUCCGCAUCCCUCGCCGAAGACCAAGACCCCUACCACCAUCUCACGCCCAUCACUACCCUCUCCCGCAAUGCUAUUCCCUAUUCGUGGAUAGAUUUUGAGCCGCGCGAACAUAAGAACCAGACUCAAGGUCUUCCGGGAUGGUGUAAUAUAUUCGUCGGGGAUAUCCCCGUCCUUGAGAAAGACAAUGUGGGGGAUACUGUCCUUGCGGUACGGGUUGUCGGGGAGGCAGGAGUAUGGGUGGUUGAGCGCGUCAAGAAGGGGGUAUAUGCGUUGAUGAGGCUACGGGGUGUAGGUGAGGGUGAGGUGGUUGUUGCAGCGAAGGCGAGUGCUGGUUCAGCUUUUCCAUCCUCGUUCUUGUCUGGUAUAGAACGGCGGAGAGAGAGGAAAGAGGUCGGGGAGUGGUGGGAGGUUGCGAGGAUUGAGGAUCCGCAGCCGGUUGUGCUUGGAAAGAGGGGACGGGGUGCUGCGGACGUGGGGGUUGUUUUUGCACAUGUGUUUGAGAGUGAUGCCAGGGAGACACAGGAUGAGAUGUUGCGCAGUGAUGAGGGCUCGGAGGGGCCGGUGUUGCUAGGUGUUGGGGAGCAGAGUGGUGAUAUUGCUGCUACUGCUGCAGAAGAGCAGGAUAUGGAGGUAACGCAGUCGCCGCAGGAGCUGCUGGAUGGGCUGCGAGAGCAGUAUCUACAGGCGUUGUAUGUGUCGAAGACUUCCGUGGCUUACUUUGCCAAAGGCCCUCUGGCGCGUUGUCGCGCGGCAUUCCAGUCCUCGGACAAUGAGUCUGGGAAACCAGCCCAAUUGGUCGAGUUCUACAGAGAGGCUAUUCUUACGGCAAAGAGAAUGGAUCACAAGUAUCGUGAGACUCUGCCGACUACGGUUCAAGAUCUGCUGCUGAGUGUUUCCGAUGAUGAGGCUGCGCCGCCGAAGCGGAAGCGCAGGAGCACCAAGAAGAAACUUGGCAAGAAUGGGCUGUAUCCGGAGGAGAGUGACUUGAUUCGCAAGUGGUGGCGCGAUCGUGCACUUAAUGAUCAAGGGCUUCCGUCCGAGAUGUCCAGGGAUGCAGAAUCGAAGAAGCAUAUUGCGGACUUGCGGUUGCGCGAAACGCAACUGCAGAUUCUCUUGAUUCUUGAGACUAUGGCUUUGGAGGCGAUCAUCGCGGAUGAGAAGAAGCGUGAGGGUAAUGGCGAGGGCGCAGACAAGCCUACGAAAACCGCCAAAGGCAAAAAACCCCAGGACCUGAAUGUCAUGCUUGAGCUCCACCUCGACCGACUGUGCAUCUGGCAUGCCGUUAGCUUCGAGGAGACAGUGAUCCCGGACUCGGCCAAGACCAACCAUUUAUCUGGGAAGAAGGUUGAAAGUGAUGCUGUCCGCGAUUUCUGCACGGAAGUCAUUGUCCCGUUCUACGCAUCUCGUCUGCCGGACAAGUGCAAGCUGAUUACUCGCAAACUUGGCGUCUCAACUGCAAUUUCGCCUUUCACGAAGCAGGCUCAGACGAAGAAGACGCCCCGAGAACCAGGAACGCCUGUUGAGCGACAGCACGCACAGAAGUCCCGUCGCCGCGCAUUCCAGCGCGUGUUGACAGACCAGGCACCGUCUCAAACCCGACAGCCCCCAUCACUCAGUCGGUCUAACACCACCCCGGCGCCGACUGAAAGCCGACGAGAGUCUCUGGAUCCUCUACUCCCCACUGUCAGUGCCAACGUGCGCGGCGGAAUCCAAAAAGCCAAGCGCGUGGAGAAUCGCGAAGUGGAUCUCAACGCCGUUGCGCGCCAGCAUGAGACUAAACUCAAGAAGAUGCAGAUGCUCGUGGACCAGAAGAAAGAGCUCGACGCAGCCAUUCAUGCUUUGCGCAAACCCAACCGCGAGCUCGUAGCCAAAGAUAUCGCCGAAGAUGCCAGCAAACGUCUGUCCACCGGCGGCGGCAGCUCACGCAAGCCCAAGAACCCAGUGCGCAACCCUUACGGCCAAGGCGUGCAGGUGGCUGCCACGCCCAAAGGCAGUCGCAAGAAAGACGCCAUGGCAGACAUGCCUCCUCUUCCAAAGAGUCUCUCCCAACCAGCCCUCAUACCCCAGGGAUCUUCAUCUUCCUCCCCAUUCACAAGCGAGCCACAAAUUGUUCCCGGCUCUAAUAUCCGACCCUCAAAUUCAGGGCUCUUCCGAUCUGCCGACGACGGGGCGAUCCAGGAAACGCCCACGCGUCGACCAACCCAGCCUCUAUCGUCAGCUGAUAUCAGCGCAUCGCCGAAGAGAAAAAUCUCAGGACCCCUUUUCCGCGUCCCCAGCAAGUCGGCCCCGGCCCCAACUUCAGUCCCUGCCCCUGUUCCUCCUGCCUUUCGGGCCACUGAAAAGGGCCCAACCACGCCGAUCGCAGCCCGACACGUGGACGCCUUCAUGCCCCGAGUCAAGUCCAUCGGCUCAAGCAAGCCGUCCAUGAUCGUGGAAACGCCUCAGAAACCGGCCAUGGCCCCUGCUCUUUCGAUUCCUUCUGCUCCUACAGCCACUGAGCCGGCGGCAGUGGCAGGGACACCUGUGAAGGCCACGACCACAAUUACUACCACCCCGGCUAAGGCCAAUGUCUUUGCUACGCCUGUGAAGGGUGCAAGUGCCGCCCGAUUAGCCGUGCCGACUGCUGCUCCGACUGUGCCUGUGACGCCGGAGAAGUCAAUCUACGCACAAUUGGGGUGGGAUGAUGAUGAUGACUUUGCAUAG